AUGCCCCAACGGUCCGAAACACUCUUUCACUUCACCGACUACCAUGACCCCAUGCAUCACCACGACUUUGAAUACAUCUCGCACCGCACCAUCGACCCGAGCGACCAUCCAGACAAAUCACACAUCUCCCUCGAUCACGGCAACAACGUAUCCCUGACCUACAGAAUCGGCGAUCAGCGGUACACUCACAUACUCGGCAAGGACAUCCGGAAUCGUAAUGAACUGGUUGCCCAUCACCCGUCACCCCCGUUCCGGGUUGCGAUGCUGGUCAACAAACGAUCGGGUGCCAGCGGUACCGUAUCGAUCCUAUCCCUGAUGAACGAGCUACUUGGUCCGAAUGGCGAUGCCCACGGCCAGAACUACACCCUCAGAGACGUCUUCCCUUACAUCAUGCAUCGCCUCGGCAAGCUCGGGAACAUUAGGAACUACAAGAUCAUCGCCAUGGACAGGACCCUCAACCGGUUCGUGUACGACGAUCUCGAAAGGAAUUAA